UUGCCUUAACUUGAACGUCCACGGCACGAUCCGAGACCACGCGCAGGCGUUGAUAUAAACAUGAACUCGCCUGAGACGCAAUGUCGUCGACUGCUCCCAUCUGCGGGCUCCCUGCCCCCACUCUGCCUCCACAAAGAGUCGCCAUAUCACCCUCGAGCUUUCUUCGUAGUACUAUCUGAAUCUGCAGGUUGCUCUGCUAUUCACGGCGAGAUGAACACCACGAAGUCCGCGCCGCCUGGUCCUUCCGCGCCGCGUACGCCGCCCCGAGGGCAGCAGAACAUCUAUUCGACACCAUUGCAAUCGAGCGCUAUUAGCAGUAUCCAGGAUCCAAAGGACUCCGCCCUGACGAAGCACCACGUAGCGUUGAUCCACCGCGAAUACACGGACAAGAUCCGCCGGAACGUCGACGUGGAGGACUUUGUACGCGCUGUCUUCCGCUUCGGCUGGAGUGACAUACACCCCACCCGUAUCGCGACAACAAUGAAGAGUACACGCAGCAAUACUCCUUGGGGAAUGCCGACAUCAAAGCCUACCGGGUGGGCAAGGAGUUAUCGAUCUAUACGCCGUUCAACAACCUGGCCAACGGCUUGUUGUGCCAACUGUACGGACCGCUCCCCGACGACGAAACACCCAAGAGCGACGAAGACAAGGCAGCCGAUAAAAUGCUGCGUGCGGCUGCCACGACGCGGUGCGAGGCCGCCUGCACUCCCGCCUUUGCGCACCUACCCGGGUCGCCUCCGUACUCGUGGUCAUAUCGUGACGAAGAGCAAGCACAAGCUAGGUGAAAAGCCAGACCUUACCUACAGUACCGUCAAGGGCAAGCCUGUCUGGGAGUGGGAGCUCGUUCCCGUAGAAGUCCAGAAGACAAACGCGGAGACCAUCGAGGAGACGCUUAGAGACAUGCUCAUCGGUUGUGAAGAUGGCGUGUUCUCCGCAUUCUUGGACGCUGACUCCGACCAUGCCGAAGAUGAGGAGGGUCUGGGCGACGCUGACGAGGGUGGAGCUGACGCGGACGAAGAACAGGGCAUGAGCGAUUCGGAAGAGCAGCAAGGUGCCGCCUCUGGAUCCGCGAGCAAACGAAAGCGAGGGAAGGAGGAGGGUUCGGCACCCGAUUCAAAGCGCGCGCGUACUGCGUCUGUACUGCCUCUUCCGUCCCGCAGAACCCCUCCCAUGAGUCCUAAGGAAGUGCAAGUCGUCAAGUACGUCAACCAGAUCAUGUCGUCCAACGUACGAUCGUACGCAGUCGGCUGGUUGAUCGAGGAGACGAAGAUGCGACUCGUCUAUGGUGAUCGCAUGGGUCUCAUCUUCACCAAGGAGAUCGAUUUCCUGCAGGACGACGCCGCACUGUUCCUGUUGAUUGUGGCUGCUACAGGGGCUGCCGGAGUGCACGAUCUGGGGAUUCAUCCGGCUCUUCACUUCCGACACAAGGAUGCUGUCGUCUUCUCUUCACGGACGGGUUACGUGGGGGCGAAGAUUCGAUUGGACGUGCAAGGGGCGCAGGGCAUGGAAGAGUUUGUCUUCGACGUUGAUGUCACCAAGGCGGACCCUCGCGCUGUAUACACCGAGUUCGGCCUCAUCGGACGCGGGACUACCGUUAUCCCCGUGAAAGCGGAGCAAGGCGUCACGUCUAAGGCGGCAGAGAAGCUCAAGGACGAAUCACUCGUUGCAAAGGUGGCGUGGCCGCACAAGUCUCGUCAGGCGGAAGACAAGAUGAUCCGUGCUGUCCGCCGGUGUCUGGUAGAGAAGGGGAAGGAGAAGUACUUGGACACUAUCGAAGAAAUGGGCCUACCUCGUCUUGCGAUGGGUGUUGUCCCCGAGGAACAGGAUCUUCGGGUUUGCCGUACUCUGAUCCUCAAGCGGUAUGAACGUCUGGAAACCAUCGGCUCCCAGAAGGGGUUUCAUACUGUGUUCGUCCAUGUCGUUCGCGCUCACUACUGGGUGUAUGAGACGUCAAAGAUACUUCAUCGCGACGUCAGCACGAAUAACAUCAUGUGGUUCAUGCGGGACGGAGAGAUCAUUGGCGUUCUUUGCGAUUGGGACCUCGCCGAGGAUCACAGCAAUGGCGACCGUCCGUCUAUCCGACCUUCGGACAAGGCGGCCGCUGCAACGCCGGCAAGCACAAGUACAAGCAAACAGGCAGGGCAACCGUCGGAGCAGCUCAAGAGCCAACUGAAGAGUCGGGUCAACAGCGGAAUAGAGCCCGCGGCCGCGACAUCGCAGCUCAUGCCUGAGCAAACCCCGCGGUAUCGCACCGGUACAGGGCCAUUCAUGGCCUUGGACCUCCUGCGCUCGGGCCUCCCUCCAAUUCAUAAGUAUCGCCACGACCUAGAAUCGUUCUUCUACGUAUACGUGUACGCCACCGCGGCGUACGAUCCGGUGAAGAAGAAGUUCGGGUACAUCGCGCAAUGGCAACACAGUUCGCUCGUCGCUAUUGGGGACAGCAAGUACAAAUUCCUCACGGAUGUGGAGGAAACCGACAACAUCUUCUCCAAGGCGCACGAAGACUUUCAACCAUUGCUCGAGCCGCGCGGUUUCCUGAUGCGGCUUAUCAAGGAUCUUGCGGCCGAUGAGCGGUUUGGUCCCGAUGAUGAUGAACCUAUCGUUGAUGUCGGGGCAGCGGUUAGCAAGACUGAGGAGGAAAGGGAUCAGAUGGUCACGUACACUAAGUUCAUGGAGAUUAUUGGCGAGCCGGAGGAUAUGUAA